AACUCCAGAUGUUGCCGUUUUUUCGGCCAGUUCAAUGGCUGGCGAGCUGCCUGCGUGGCUUCCACAUGCCCGGGAAGACCUUCCCCCAGCAGCGUGGCGAAACUUCCUUAGUUCUGGUGGACGAGGCGCGUCGCUUCAUCCAGGAUUGCCUGAUGCGCGUUGGAGUUCCGGCCGCCAAGGUGCGCUGCAUCAGCGAGUUCCUGGUGGUGGCCGACUAUCGCGGCAACUUUGGCCACGGACUCAAUCGCCUGGAUGUCUACCUGGAUGACCUGCAGCGGGGACACGCCAGAGUGGAUGCGGAACCCACGGUACUCAGUGAAACACUGGCCACCGCCCAUGUGAGCGGUAACUCCGCCCUGGGCGUCCUGGUGGGCAACUUCUGCAUGGAUCUGGCGGUGCAGAAGGCCCAGAGUGCAGGCAUUGGCUUCGUGGUGGCCAAGGAGUCGCAUCACUUCGGCAUGGCCAGCUGGUAUGCAUUCCGUGCCGCUGUCCAGGGAUUGGCUGGCCUGGUGAUGUCCAAUGCGGCCCCAACGAUGAUGGCUCCGCACACCAAGUCGGCCAGCAUUGGCGCCAAUUGCCUGGCCUUCUGUGUGAGGGGCAGGGAUCGCCACUUUGUGCUCGACAUGGCGGCCAGCGUGCGGGAUAUGGGAGCUGUGGAGUGGGCUUGGGCCAAUGAUGAGUACAUACCGCAUGGCUGGGCGGCCAACGAGGCGGGUUUCUCCACCAUUUUUCCCAAUUUGGCGCUGAGGUCACCAUUGCUCUACCCCGCUGGAGGCCACAAGGGCUACUGCCUGUCGGCCAUGAUCGAUCUCCUUUGUGGAGUGCUCUCCGGCGCCCAAUAUGCCACCCGAAUUCCCUUGGAUCCAAGGCAACCCUCUAAUCUUGGCCAGGUAUUCAUCGCCCUGGACCCUGAAUUCUUUGUGCCCAACUUCACGGAGCGACUGGAUGACUUUUGUGGCCGCAUCCAGGAUAGCAAGCCGGCGGAGGAGUCCCAACCCAUCCGGCUGCCUGGCGAACUGGAGCGGAUGCACAUGAACUACGUGGAGGAUCUGCGGGCCUUGCCCUAUCCGAACUCCCUGUUGACCAAGUACCGGGAUGUGGCAUCCAAGCUCUGCGUGAAGCCCAUCGAGCUGGCCUUCGACCGGUGUCAGUCCAGGAAGAGCUUUUAGUCUUAUACUCGUUGAAUUUGGGGGAAAUUUCAAUAAACUAAUGUUUUAGUUGGGAUGCGGUUCUCACAAAGCGCCAUCU